AUGGCUAUGUUAAUGCCCAGCGGAUACCGCUCUGCCACUCAAUACCAUUUCGACAAAGAACAAACCGACACCAUUACCUUUGUCUCUGUGAUCUGGUACUCGGCGCGUGAACACGUCGCUAUUAUUCCAUCAAUAGCAACAUCCUUCCAGCGAACUCCUAAUGUCGGACUCAGUGACCUCGACCGACUACCCCUCGAGCUCUUGUUUGACACCUUGUACACUCUAGACAUGCAAUCUCUGUUCAAAUUCCGUCAAGUCAAUCUCAGAUCAAGACAGAUAGUAGACUCACUCAAACAAUACCAGAGAGUAGUCUCGCAUAGACUGAACCUUUUCUGCGCCUUGUUACGAACGCGACUUGCUAUCUACAUUUCUCUACUCGACUUCGACAACGCACUAUGUACCAAGACAUGCGCCCUUUGCGGGGAGUUUGGUGGAUUUAUAUGCCUCCCAACCUGGAAGCGAUGCUGCUUCAAAUGCCUCCAGGAGUCUCCGGAAACCCAGGUGCAGACUCUCGCCUCGGUGCGGAAGCAAUUACGCAUGACCAAAGCGGAAUCAGAUCAACUGAGGCCAUUCAAAUGUUUGCCUGGAAUAUACUCGAUGAAUGAAACUGUACAAAAGUCCCGCAUUACGAUCGUUUCUCUUCAUCAAGCUACGUUGGCUUGCAGAGAGCAACCGAUUGGCCAUGAACCUUCGAAACUUGACCGAAUCCUAAAAUACAACUUCAUGGGGGCAUGUGCACUUCCUUAUUAUGACAAAGAAAGUGGCGAACUUGAACGGGGAAUCUCCUGUGCCGGGUGUCAACUUGCUAUCGAGAAAGAUAUUAUCGGCACCCGGGAUACAGCAUGGGGAUACCAAGCUAGAGACAAAGUGUAUGCGCGAGACGACUUCUUGGACCAUUUUCGGUGGUGUGAACAGGCACAGCUCCUGUGGCGAUCGAGUGGUGAAGGCAAAAGCCGGCCACCCGAGCUACCUGUGUCUGCUCGGACAGGAGGAUACUUUCGAAGAGAAUGA